AUACUUUACAAAAAUACACUAAAUCAAAAACAAACAAUAAUAUUAAACAUUAAAAAGAAAAAUUAAAUACUAAUCUAACUUUUAUACUUCAAACUAAUGGGUUAAGAGCAAGCUAAGCCUACCAGGCAAAUUAACCAACAUAAUAAUAAUAAAUAAAUUAAAUCAUGUAAUGCAUUCGAAGAUAAUAACGAUCCAGCUAGUCCCUUAAAAGCUAAAUAAAACAAUAAUGCUACUCCUAGUAUUAAAGACCUUUAACAAUAAAUGGGAUUAGAUGAUAGUGAGAUCCUUGAGAUUAUCGAUUAUCUCAAAAAAAGCAAAUAUUUUUUGGAUUAAACCAUUUUAGGUAAAGGAGGAAAUGGUUACGUUUUAAAGGGAAUUGACGCAUUUAACUACAAAGUAGCAAUUAAGGUAUUAAAGUGCGAAACAGAAGAAUAAUAUCUAUAAAAUUAAUAUGAAUAUGAAAACAUGAAACAGUGUAAUUCAAAAUACGUAGUAAAAGUUAAAGAUUUACUGCAUUAUCACAAUAGUAAAUCAAGUAUCUAAUUCCUCAUAAUGGAGCGCUGCUUAACUGAUUUGAAGCAAUUUAUGAAAGAUAAACUUGCAAAUAACAUAUGGAUGUCUAAAAAAUAUAUUUAUGAGACAUGUUUAUAGCUAGUUCUCGGUUUAAAAGCUAUACAUAAUAAAAAUGUUUUACAUCUUGAUAUUAAACCAGCAAACCUUCUUCUUGGACUCGAUCUUAAAUGGAAAUACACCGAUCUUGGAGUAUCUAAAAAUGUUGAUGAUGAGCGUGACCAUACUGUUAAUCUAAAAGGUAUCACUGCUUGCUAUUCAUCACCAGAACAAUAUUAGCUUUACCAAUUUUAGAGCAACAAAAAAAUAACAAAAUAGUGUGAUAUUUACAGUCUUGGUGUAGUUUUUAUGGAACUGACUGGAGUUGACAUUCGUAAAAAAUGGGUUAUUAAACAAAAGAUUAGAUAAAAACCAUUUGAUAAAUAUCUUAAUCCUGAAUUUUAAGAGUUUAAUGAUGCUGUUCUUAAAAAUAUGAUGUAAUAUAACGCAAACUAACGUAUAUAGCUCGAUGAACUUGAAGUUAUUCUAAAGAAUUUAAUAAAUUAAGAAAAUAAAUAAAGUGAUUCACAAGAAAGUACUACUUAAGACGAUGCUACACGUAAAUCUGUUGUAUUUUUAGUUGAAGAAUCCUCACCUUCUAAACGCGUAAAAUCCAUACACAAAAAAAGUUUCAGUGUAUCAGAAGACAAAUUUUAGGAUUAGUAAGCUUCUAAUUCAGCUGCAAACGGUCCCUCAUAGAUCUAUUAGAUAUAAAAAUCAGGUAAUUAAUCUCCUUCUAAAAGAAUCAUAAUUCCUAUUGAAAAAAUUCAGUCAUAUAAUUACUCAAAGAAUGUUGGUGAUUCUCCUGAAAACUCUCCUUUAAAAAAGCGUACCACUAAAAUAAUAACUCGUUAAGUUGGAGGAUCUAAGACUCCUUUAUCAAAUAAAUAAUCUGAAAACAUUUACAUGACAGGAAUGAGCUUAACUCCUAACAAGCAAAGAAAUUCUUAACAAAACAUUCCCGAUUAAUAAGAAAUAUUUACCAAAUAAAACUUUAACCCUGCAAGGAGAGCUGUAUCAAUGCAUUAAAACUAAGAAAUGCUUCCUCCAAUUUAAGGAAUAAACAGAAUUUAACAAAUGAAUAAUAAUGCCUAUAAUAAUUCUCCCUCUCCCAUCUCAUUUAUGAAAAGGUCUUUUAUACAAUAACAAUAAUAAAACAUACCUGUUUAAAUGGUAAGCAGCUAAUUAGUGUAAAAUAGUUCAAGCUAAUCUCCAAUCAACAAAAAUAAAAAAGCUAGCAGCAAAAGCUUUUCUUAAAAAAUAAUUAUUCCUAAAAAACUGAUUCCUGGAAAUUUUAAUGGAAUAAUGAUGACUAAAAAUUAAUUUGACUAACAAUUCUUAGUGAGCAAUUGA